GAGUAAGACCGAUAAAACAAUUUUCGUGUAGUCCAAUAUUUUAAGGUUCCAAUUAAACGAAAUAAAAAUUUCAAAUAAUUAUAAAACAAGGUCAAUCAGUAAAACGAGAGAGAAUGGCUCUUCCUUACUAUCUGCCACCAACGAUUCCGACAGCUUCAGCUGAAGAAAUAAAUCAAAUUUAUCAGCGACAAAAUCUCCAUACAAUUGCGUUUAUGCAAGGCUUGCAAUAUCCCCAUCCUCCGCAUGUCGGAUACAAUUUUCAACCGGUCCCAUUUAAACCCUAUUACACUGCUCCGAUUAAUAGUCUAAAUAACAUGAACUUUUCUCACGCCGCAGCUGCCGCGCCAAAAAUUAUGUAUCCAAUACCACCUGUUGCACUGAGACCCAGGAUUUCUCCAGUUUCUUCGCAAAGUUUUCAAUACCAGCCUAGACAAGUGUCAAAACGGGUAGCAGAUGCUGAUAUUGAAGCUUGUGUUGAAUCAAAGAGACAUAAGCCGUCUGAAGUCAAACCAAGUUCAUCAAAUACCAAGCAAGACAGAUUUACAUUUGAGAACAGUCAACAUCAAGAUUUAAGACUCAUUCCUGAAGACGUUCAAUUGAGAGAUUCUAAGAAACUUAUACCUCUUUCAGGAUCGCGGGUGAAUCCGCUUUUUGUUAGACAGAACCCUUCCGUAGGAAAUGACUUGUGUUUGAAUUCCCACAAUCGCCAGCAGAUUGCGUUGGAGCCAGGACCUGGUCAGCAGUAUAUCACAAAAAUAAGAUCUCUCGUAGAAGGAAUAACAAAAGAUCACAAAAGGCUGAUUUCAUCAGAAAAAUCAAAGGCCAAAGAGAAAAAAUUUCGUCAGAAAUUUAAAAUCAACGAAAGUCUAAGUAAAAUGAAGAGAAUAAUUUCUGAUAUCAAAGAAACUGAAUUGAAGUCUUUUCCAAGCUAUUUUCACCCGGAUCCUGAAUCGUAUGUCAAUGAUCAUUUGGUCAUAGGAUCGAAUGGGACCUUUAUAUCGAAAAGUUUCUACGAGACAAUUUCAUGGAAGCACUAUAACAACAGUACUAGAAUUUUAAUAGGACAUUAUUUUAAUAACUACACACUUGCUACACAAACCUUAGAUGGGGAUAAUCCCUUGAAUCCGAGCAUCAUUGAAGACAUCAUCAGCCAUGUUAUGGAAAAGUGUAAGGUUGGCAGAGAUUUUGUGAGGGACGUAAUCUCAUCUAUAUGUGCAGAUGAAGCCAAUAGGAGAAAAAAAACCUAAUCUUGAAAUAUUUCCAAAACCAAUUUCGAUGCUUUCGAGCUAUCGUUUUAAGUUUUCAAAUUCGUUUGAGAAUUAUUUAAAAAGACAAAUUGAAAGAUAAAAAAAAGAUUUAAAACUCGCAUAGAAUUAAUAUUUUCGAAGUGACAAAACUAUAAACUUUUCAGCGUAAAUUAGUGAUAUUUUUUUAAAAAUGAGCAAAAUAAGAAAUGUACAAAAUAUGUUUUCUAUAUAAGCGUUUUCCUACUUUUAAUGUUAAAUAUUCGUUUAGAGAUUGUUGUAAAUUAAUUUUUAAAUACUUAACUUUCGUUUCAAA